UUCUAGAGAAAAGUAUUAAACAUGGAUAGUGUAUUCCUCACAGAGGCUAAGGCCAAUUCUGUCUUAAAGAGAUACCCACGGGCUAAUGGACUUUUGGAAGAACUUAAAAAAGGAAACAUCGAGCGUGAAUGUUAUGAAGAACGCUGUGAUAAAGAAGAGGCAAGAGAAGCAUUUGAAAAUGAUGAAAAGACGGCAGAAUUUUGGAAAGACUACACCAGUGGACUCUAUGGAGGAAAUCAGGCAGGACAGAACUGGUACCCAUUUUACCUAACAUUUCCUCUAAUCAUUGGCCUUUUG